AUGGAUACUUGUGAGAAUAUUUUAUUCAUGGAUCAAAUCGUAUCAACGACCAUGUUGAUCAUCAGAGUUUAUCAAAAUUUGGUGGCUGAUUUAAACACUUUGAAGUAUAACCCUAACAUUCAACCCUUGAUCGAAUCGCUAAACUAUUCACCAUUGAAGAAGGCUUUAACAAUGUCUGAGAAAGUUUCUUUGUGUCAUUUAUCCAAGGCUUAUUCAACUUCUAGUUAUAACAGUGCUGAAGAGGUGAUGAAUUUUGAGCACCUAGCAGUAAAACCUCAACCCCACCAUCCAGGGUUUGUUGACACGGCGCCUCAACCUUACCAUACUAGGUUUGUUGACCUCCAGUCUCAACCCAAGCAUAUUGGAUUUAUUGGGAUGUGGCCCAGCCCAACCAUCCAUAUGUAG